CCAAAGCCAACCAUGAUGUCUUCGCUGCAGUCUGCGUUUCUCGUCAGCUUACUGCUGAUUGCGGUCUUCGUCGGCAAGGGCGACGCCAUCCGUUGUUACGAGUGUAACAGUGCGGACGAUUCCAGCUGCACACACGAUGUCCCACCGGAAACGAUGUCGGUUGACUGUACCGAACACAAGGGAGGCCUCGCCUACAAAUAUUGCCGCAAGAUCGUUCAGAUCAUCGAGUUCCCAGUGAACAAUCUUCCUCCAGACACCCGAAUUAUUCGCGAAUGCGGCUACGAUGAGAGCACCUACAAGGGCAAGUGUUACCAACGUUCCGGAUUCGGUGGCCGCCAGGAGGUGUGCGCUUGCUACGAAGACAACUGCAACGGUGCAUCCUCGCUGUCCGUCACGUUCGGCGUGCUGUUGUUCGGUGCGAUCGCCUUUCUGAUCCGUGCUUAAUCCAAUCAACGGUUUCAUCCGCCACAAAUCCACCGCCAUUAGUGGAGAUAUCGUUCAUUUUCGUGUUUUCCUUUCCAUGGGUGACUACGUUUCCGACCCAACCAUCUGCAUGGCGUCGAUUGUCUACAAAAAAUAAUCUCCUGUAACUUUUCGAUUGUUUGCUCAAACAACGAUAUGCUACUCCUACGGAAUUUAACAUGAUCGUUGUUUGGCCCGAUGCCGUCGUAGUGUUAUGUUUCACUUUUCUACAAACAACCAACGUAAGCGAGGGAGGAACUGACGGAAACCAUAAAGCAUCCUCGACCUGCGCCGGAACCAUUCCAAUUAAUUGUCAUUGAGUGUACCCCAUUCGAGAGAAGGAUUAAAUUAACCUUCGAUCAAAGGUUACAAAUGUGCAUGGACACGUUUAGCAGAUAGAUUUAUCUUUCCGUAAAUAUUUUCAUACUGCUUGUUUUGAAAAAGAAAAAAAAAACACAAAUCGUAAGGUAGGGAUUUUGUCGACUCCUUAAUGGUAAGGAAUUAUAGAUUCAAAUAAAUUAAUAUAAUCUCAACCAUGCUGCCAGAACCGCUUCUUGGACGUCAGGAUUGGCUCGCGUAGAAUGGAAGUACCGCAAACCGCCGAUGUGGAGAAAGCUCAUCCUUAAUUCUUUCAAUUUUACUAAAAAAAAACUAGAAAAAUAAAAUCUUAGUAAAACGUGGCGUCGUCAUAACGCGUAGUCAGUCAAAACAGGACAAAAGUAGCUGGAGGAAAGCGGGCAGUUUGACAAGCAUAGUAGAAACACAUAUUUCGAAAUUUAUUUUAUUCUACCUGUUUAUUUUUGUUUUUAAGUCGUAGUUGUUAUCUAGUUGUCUGAAAGGUUAAAUCAAACAAAACACGCAUUGAGUCACACAUAAGCGGUAAAAAACAGAAACAACAAAAACAAAAACAUAAUGUAGGUGGUAAAAAUCAAGUAAUAAACGCAAACGCAAAACUAUAAAUGAAGAUAAAUGGUAAACACGAUUGAAAUACAUUAUAAAUACUAGCGGUUAAGCGACCACUCGCCGGAAGUGGGAAGAGAAAAUUUGUUCGAUUAGUGUGUAUGUUGCGCGUGGAGCAACUUUCCCAGCCGUCGUUUUUUCAACACACGUAGUGGAAAUCUAAUUUCCCCGCUUGUUCGUUAACGUGUAAGCGCGCGUCAUCGUUGUUCGAGAAUGCUUAGUUUAGUAAGGAUAGGGGUUUGGAUAAAAUUAAAGAAAACGGAAAAACAUAAGUAUAUAGAUUAGGUGGGAUUGAGGGCAUUUCCUAACUGUGUGCGUGGUCUAUCUGUGGCUUAUCCACUAUCCGCUCAUGCCACUCGUCAGAGUCAGUAAUUUGUCAUUUCGAUUUCGUUUUUUUUGCUCUCAUUGCAAUACAUCGCAAGUGUUUUUAUGUUUGUGUAAUCAUUAGUUUUGGCAUAGGCCGCUUUGUAAAAUUAGUUGAAUAUUUCAAACAGGCUUUAUACUAAGGCUAGCAGAAUCUUACAAUUUAUAAUAUACGAAAUAGAAUAGUCAAAGCUAAUGACUAAACACACAAACACGGAACAGUUAUGGCUAAACUUUAUCUCUUUCAUCACACACACGUUGACCCACUGAAGCAAUGAGGCACCGAAAAGAGCUCUUUCAUAUUAGGUUUUUAAAGCGAAAGUACAUGCGACCAGUACUGUGCUAGUUUUUAGGGAUAACUUAGAGAAACAGCGCGAUUGAAAUUUAAAACAAACAAAACAAACGCAAAAACUUGUAGGGUUGAACGUUGUGCUCGAUAGCAACAGAUGAUGGUAUCAAAUCAGAAGAGAAUAAAAUGAAACCGUUAUAAAUUGUUUGUUUUCAACCGCAACGUGCAACGAUAACUCUAUUGGUGCAUUUUGUGAUAUAAUUAUGUAUUUUGUUACACGUCAUCUCAUAUUCCGGAAGAUUAAUAAAGCGAAGCUGCACUCAAAGCCCGUAA